GGAACUCUAGACACGCACAUACAUUUGAACAUUUAACUACUCGUUAUUAUAUUUCUUAAUAUACUAUAUAUGGUAAGGUUUGACCUCUGAGUUCUAUGAUUGGAUGGCCUGGACAUCGUGGAUGUGGAUAUUCUGCUUUAUCUUGUGUAUAAAUAUGACCCUUCUUACUUAAUAAUCUUGAGAAUGUUAUUGUAUUACACUGUCUCUGUGUCUGCUUCAUCAUUCUCCCGGGAUCUCGCGCCGCUGCUGCCACACAUCACAGAGGUUGAGACGCCUGUUUCCAACUGACGACUGAUAUCUUCGAGAUCUGCAGAUAGUCUACCUGAAAAUUAAUCUAACACCAAGAUUAAGCCUGACUGCAUUCACUUGGACUCUGUGAAGUGCAUCAUAAUACAUCCCAGACUAGACUGCAACCUGUCAUGGAGAUUCAUCAGUCUGCUGUGAUUCUGCUGCUGAUCUUGAGUGUGUCAUCCUUCACUCAUGGUCAACCAGCAGAUAUAAUGCCCCGCUAUAAAAAAUUCCUCAAUCAGCAUGUGGAUCCAUAUAUGACUGUGAAUGAUUGUACCAGUAAAAUCGAAAACCGAGUCAUCACUGGAACUGAUAGUGGCUGCAAACCUGUCAACUCCUUCAUAGUAGCAAAUGCAGAUACAAUUAAAGCAGUUUGUGGCAAAGGAGGAACUGCAAUAGGUGGAAAUCUGUUUGAGAGCAACAACCCAUUUUUUGUGGUCAAGUGUACAAUAAAAAAUAAUAGUAAGGGAACUCCAAAGUGUGAAUAUCGUGGGAAUGGUUUCACUCGUAAGAUUGUGUUGGCCUGUCAAAAAGGCUGGCCUGUACAUUAUGAAAGGUAAUGAACAGAUGGCAGGCGGAAAAGAACGUCAGAGCUUUACAAUGUCUUAAUCAUUUCUUCAAACCUACUUUUCUGUCUUUUGUUGUUUUUCAAGUACAAAAAAAUAAAUAAAAAUCAGUGAAUCAAUCAUGAGGUCAAAAAUUAAUAUAAUUUAAUACAGGGUAUUAUAAUCCUGGUUUAGGGUCAGGUUGUAACACAUAUGAAAACAGUUUUCCUUAUUGUUCUUUAUGAUCAAUGCAAAUUACCUCACAAAUAAAUGAAGUAUAACAAUAUAAGCAAUAUAACAGUUAAUAUAGGGGAUAUAAUGUUACAUAUACUUUUUUUCCCCUUCUUUUUCUGUUUUUGGAUAACGCAUUUAUAUUUUUGAUGAUUUGAAAAAAAAAAACAUAUUGUAUAAUUUUUGUAUAUGUAACUAUUUUUGUAUGUAGUCUGGUAUGUUAAUGUUAUACACAUAUGGGUUUUUAUGCAAUUGAGGUAUAUGCACUUUUAAAAGAUUUUUUGAGCUUACAAAAUUGGAUGUAAUACAGUAAAAUGAUGUACUUAAUUAUGUAACACUCUUAUUUUAACACUUUAACAAUCUUGAGUAUGGUCUCACAUAUACUCCCAGAGGAGUUAAUUUAACACUGGAGUUUUUGUAUAGAUACUGUGUUAACAAUGCUAAUGAUUGAGGAUCUUACCUAAUAAAACAAAAAACAUCUAUGGUCUAAAGAGA